CUGGGGAAAGCUGGCCCUUCAGGCUCCCUCCUCUGAACAAGCAGUUUCUGGAGCCUAGAGCGCAGAGCACCAGAUCAGGCCGUCGGGGGGCGGGCCAGCACAAGGGGCUGCCUUCCCGCAGUGACGUCCCAGGAGGCGGAGGGGCAAUCAACUAACAGUCUCUGCGCCCUCCCGGACUCCUCCCAGUGCGGGGUCCGUGGGUCCUUGGGAGAUGCGGCUGCCUUGGUGGCAGUUGCCCGAACGCAGCCGCCUGUUUGGCCACUUCUCUGCCUUAGUCCCGGGGUAUUGGGACGCACUGGAGUCCAGCAAUGCAGCCGGGACCAGCACUGCAGGCCGUGUUGCUGGCGGUGCUGCUGGCAGAACCGCGGGGUUCGAAGGGUCGCCUGCUGAGCGCCUUGGACUUGGACCCCAACGGAGGGCAACUGGUCUGCCGGGGAGGGACUCGGAGGCCUUGCUAUAAAGUCAUUUACUUCCAUGAUGCUUUUCAAAGACUGAACUUUGAGGAAGCCAAAGAAGCCUGCAGGAAUGAUGGGGGACAGCUAGUCAGUAUCGAAACAGAAGAUGAGCAGAGACUGAUAGAAAAGUUCAUUGAAAACCUCUUGGCAUCUGAUGGUGAUUUCUGGAUUGGCCUCAGGAGGCUGGAGGAGAAGCAGGGUAACAACACAGCCUGCCAGGACCUUUAUGCUUGGACAGAUGGAAGCACGUCACAAUUUAGAACUGUACCUCUCUGCGAACUCCCAGAUCAUAGCAUUGCAGAAAUGAGAAGUACAAAUGCCACAAGUGAAGAUGGUAUCCAAUGGAGGAGCUGCAGCUCUUAUCCCUUGACUCUAGACUGGAACUGGUAUGUGGAUGAGCCUUCUUGUGGCAGUGAGGUCUGCGUGGUAAUGUACCAUCAGCCAUCGGCCCCACCCGGCAUCGGGGGCUCAUACAUGUUCCAGUGGAAUGAUGACCGGUGCAACAUGAAGAACAAUUUCAUUUGCAAAUAUGCUGACGAGAAACCAAGUACAACACCUUCUAUAAAGCCUGAAGGUGAAGCAACUGAGCCAGCAACACCAGUACUUCCAGAAGAAACACAGAAAGAAGACACCAAAGAAACAUUUAAAGAAAGCAGAGAGGCUGCUUUGAAUCUUGCCUACAUCCUAAUUCCCAGCAUUCCCCUGUUCCUCUUACUAGUGGUCACUUCAGCUGCAUGUUGGGUUUGGAUCUGUAGAAAAAGAAAGCAAGAGCAGCCAGAUCCUACCACAAAGGAGCAACACACCAUUUGGCCCACUCCUCACCAAGAAAACAGCCCCAACCUGGAUGUUUACAAUGUCAUCAGAAAACAAAGUGAGGCUGAUUUAGCUGAGCCUCGGCCAGACCUGAAGAACAUCUCAUUUCGGGUGUGUUCUGGUGAUGCCACUCCUGAUGACAUAUCUUGUGACUAUGACAACGUGGCUGUGAAUCCUUCAGAAAGUGGGUUUGUGACUCUGGCAAGUAUGGAGAGUGGAUUUGUGACCAAUGACAUUUAUGAGUUCUCCCCCGACAGAAUGGGGAGGAGCAAGGAGAGUGGGUGGGUGGAAAAUGAAAUAUAUUUCUAAGACACAUGAAAAAACUGGCAAAAAUGAGAAAGCAAAAGCCUCCCGUUUCUCACAAGGAGAAUGUUCAGAAAGUUUAUGAAGAUGCUCAGACCAAUUCCUAAGGUGAGCACAGAAUCUCCACAAGUUCCUCCUGGAUCCCCGAGUUCUGGAUGUGUCCCUUAUCCCAGAGCACCUCACACAGCUCAGCCUUGUGAGAAGGCACCUUACCUAGGGGCUGCCUUACAGCAGGCCCUCAAUAACUGUCAGGUUGCACCUGAAGUUCAAGGGCUGAUGCUUCCAGGGGCCAGCGUAAAGGUGUGACCAAGGAGCUUGGAAAGCCCACCUCCAGGUUCUAUUUUCCUUGCUCUCUACAGCAGCACAUGCAAUCACAAAAAGACAGAAAUUGUGGGAUCUUCUCAGAGCCUGUGAAUGGAAGCCCCAGGCUGGCCUGCGCAUCAGCAAUUCCCAUAUCUGCCCCCACCCCAAAUAAUAUCCAAUAAAAAGCAGGAAGGAGAAUGUUAGUCAGUGUGUGUCAGCAGUCCUUCCUCUGCGUGUGGCCUCAGGGGACCUUUUUUUUUUUUCCAUUCUCCCAACAUCUAAACUUGGAAAAACCCAACUUGGAAAUACUUUCGAAAGUAAAAAUGAAGUCUGUGUUUGC